AUGGAGACAGUGCUUGAGCAUACAUUUGUUCCUUUCAAGACUUGGAAAGACAUCUCAGAAAACCAAGACUUGUCCCCUAUCGCUGGCAGCUUCAUCGAGUUUGAGAAGGACUCCAAAUUGGUACUCGGUGUCGUGGUUUCCGAAUGCCAGUCCAAAUUCAACGAGUUCCACAACAAGCUCAUAGUGUUAACUAUGGACAACGAGCUUGUGAGAGUAUAUCCGCAAGAUAUCCACUUCACAGCCUAUCAGGUCUUGGAAAAAGACUGGAUUGACAACCUAGAGAUCCUUCCGAAUCGUUUCGAUGAAGAAUACCCUGCCAGAACCCGUUUGGUCACCAUACUCCACCAAUUCGUGGCUACUGCCAAUUCCAUGAGGAAAGACUCCCAGGAAUACCUCCGAAUAGCAUAUUCUCGAAUGGUUCACGAUAGUCAAAUGAGACCCAUUUCACUUCCGUCGCUCAUGGAGAUCCACCAGGCUAAGUCACUCGAAAGUUAUUUCCAUCAGGCUGCGAAACUCAUCUCCAUCCACUGGGAGAUGUGCAAGGAUCCAAGCCGUUGGCUUGUUGCCUCGUGUAUUCCAACAUCUCGGUCAACCAACAUUGUUGCACAUCGAUGCUCCAACGAGCUCCCUCCGCUUCCGUUGUAUAUGGCGACGUCAUUGGAUAUUUUCUCGAAUGUGGACCAGUUCCUCCAAUACGAUGAGCUGAAGCUCCUAAACCUCAAUCUGUACAUAGAGGAGCUUUACCAGAGCCAGAAAUCGUUUGACUCACUCUCUGAUGAUAUCAAUAUUUGGUCGGGAAAACAGUACGGACCAGCUUUCAGAACCAUGGUGUAUGCUACGUUCUAUCCACACAACAGAAUCACCAAUAUGCUCUUGAAGAUUGAUAUUUUUGGGAAUAGAGUGAGUCAAUCGACCAUUCAUGAAGUUCUUCGCAAAAUAGGACUAUAUGACAAUCCCGAAAAUCCUCUCACAGAUAUCCUUUUGUCGACAGGUCUACUUGGCAAACCAGCUCGUGCAGCAUUGUCUGUGACUAGCAAAAGUGCAAUUGAGCCUUCCAGUUCCAUAUCAAGCUCUUUGGUGGAUGCACAAGUGGGAAAUUUGAAGGAUCAUUAUCCACAUUUACGUCAUAAAAGAGAGCAUUACCGGAAUAUGGCAGUGUAUGCUCUUCCGGGGCAAAAUGGACAUUCGAAAUUUGCAUUUUCUUUGGACAAAAUCAAUGAAAGAAAGUACUUCAUCAAUAUCCAUGUUCCUGACGUGGCUGCUCAGCUCAGUCCGUCUUCACGGACUUUCGAGACAUGGUCCCAGAACAGUGGAUUGCUCAAUACUAUAAAAGAAUUACUCGACGGAGAUCAAAUCGAGAUUUUUCACGAGAAAGCCAUCGACGCGCUUCUGUUUUCGAAAUUUGCAAAGAAUUCGCUGUCCGGCUUCUUCAGUGUAGGUGACCUAUCAAAUCUUGAAGAUGAUAUCACUUCACCUUGUAUGACAUUGACGUUCGAAUACAACGUAUACAAGAGCAACCCACUACAGAAAAUUGGUGACCUGGUCUUCAUUUCCUUUGACGAGCUCCAUAGAAACCAGAUCAAAUUACUUGACGAGGAGACGUUGGAUAAAACCUUAACUGGGAGGUUACAUCCUCGAAUUAUGGACUCAUUCAGACUAUUCACCAGAACGUCAGAGCCAGACGACUCGAUUGUUUUAGAUGAGUCAGAUCAUUUCAAUAUUAAUUUCAUCUACAACACCAUGACUCGCCAUUUCUUGCAAAGAAAUAGGAAAUGUGCAUCUACACUUGAACCAAAGAAACUCCACAAGAAAAUUCUGAAGAGCACGACCUUUGAUAAGGAAACGUGUUCUGUCGUUUCCAAAAUUCUGCUCCAGUCAAAGGAAGAUGUCUUCAAAACCCAGAAACGGAAUUUCUUUAUCGACGAGCUCCGCAUCUUCGCUGGAGCUAUGGCCGCUGAAUAUUGCCAAUUACGAGACAUUCCAGUGUAUCGAACAAAGCAAUCACUUCUCGAUACCACCGUUCCUCAAAAUAUUGAGGAAGAUGAGGUUCUUAUCACACACGAGAACAUGUUUCUUCCCAAUUUCCACGGCAAUUCAUACUUUCAAACCAUCCUUGGUCGAGACUCAUUAGGAUACGUUUCCACCUCAGCAUACUUCAUCGGAAAUAAUUAUCUAGCGCGGUCUCGACUCCAUGUUGGCAAAGAUAGUCAUAACCUUCCGCUAGGUCUAAGCUCGGGCCAUGUGGACGUCAAUGCAUUGGACUCAGUGGCUGGCUACAUUAAUCAACUUCAAAUCCUCGCAUACCACCAGGCAUCGGAACUGAAGCGCGGCUUUCGUGAGUACUCCAAGCAAUAUGGAGGAUUAAAGAAAUAUGGAUAUCCGCUUCACGGGCCUUUGAGCUCGGAAGUUCUCAAACGGUACAGACAGAGACUUGAAGACUCCGAUUUGGCUGCAAAAUACGUUACAGCUAGACAAAGAGCCUUCUGGACACUUGUGCAUGUGAAACAGCAGGAAGAGCUCAAUGUCAAAUUGGAGUACAAUUGUAUCGUCACCCGUAUGGGUCCUAGCAUAGGUACCCAGGCUACUUUGGCAUGGGCAUUCUGUGAAGAACUCACCAUGGAGAUUCGACUUUAUGUGCGCACUGAUGCAGACAUCUCAAUUGGAUCGCGAGUCAUGGCUGAUAAUAUUUUAUACGUUGAUCCAGAUAGUGGAAUAUGUGUGAUGGAGCACAGGGAGCCAUUCUAG